CAGAGAUGUCUCAGGAAGGUGAAAGUCCUGUUGAGUCUGAGCCUGCUGCUACAGAGUCUGUCCCUGCUCAGGAGACAGAAAUGUCGGCUGCUGACUUUGCUGAGCGCUGUGGGGCGGAGCCUCAGGUGGGUCCCUGCAAAGCAGCGUUUCAGCACUGGUACCACGACCGCCAGAUAGGAAGCUGCCAGCCGUUCAUCUACGGAGGCUGCAAAGGAAACAAGAACAACUACCUCAGCAAGGAGAGCUGCACGGCUACCUGCACAGUGACAGUUAUUCCGUCCUCUGAGAAAGUGGCUUCACCGGAAGGAGUUCAGGUGUCUGCAGAGUACGCAGGUGACUGCAUGGCAACCUCUGACCCCGGGCCUUGCCGUGCCGCCUUCCCCAUGUUCUACUACGACCCGAAAACUGCCACCUGUCAAUCAUUCAUCUACGGUGGCUGCCGCGGUAACAAGAACCGCUACGGCACCAAGGACGAGUGCAUGAGACACUGCAGCCAGGACGGUAAGUACAUACUGGGGGACAGACUAGGAGGCAGACUGGAGGACAGACUUGGGGACAGACAAGGGGACAGACUGGAGGACAGACAGGGGGACAAGCCAAGUCAGUUUUAUUUCUAUAGCUCAUUAUAACAAAUCACAGUUUGCCUCAGAGGGCUUUACAGCAGGCACCAUCCCUCUGCCCAUACACCUUCACAUCCAUUAAGGAAAAACUCCCCAAAAAAUCUUGUAAUGGGGAAAAAAUGGUAGAAACUGCAGGAAGAGCAACUGAGGAGGGAUCCCUCAAACGAACCGAAGCUUCAGGACAGACACUUCACUGAUAGUGGAGGCAUGACUCAUAAUAAAAGCAGUAGAAGGUCGUGUCGAGCAGGAUCACGGCAUCAGUGUAACCAUGACCCACAACACAGGCACAGCCUCUGACA